GAGCUCAGUUGAGUUUCAAACUUCAACAGGUGUUGAAUACGCGCUACAGUAGACAGCUAUCCCAUACGAUCAAUCGAUUCGGUAAAGCAAAACAAGCAAGCGGAAUUAACGAACGAGCACGUGAUCAGCGUCUCAAGUCGUAAAUUAAGAAAAAGUGCCGGACCAAAAACUUGAAACCCCGGUGUGCCAGUCCACUAAAGUUUAUGUGUUUCUUCUAGCGAUCAAAAAACCACUCUUGGAUUACCCCGCUUCACUUAGAGACCAGUUGUCUGCAAGCAGACCGCUUAUAAGUUUGCCCAUCUACAGGAGAAUGGGUCGCCAGUCGACUUGCAGGCUGGUCCUGCUGCUGGCCUUCAGUCUGGCCCUAAUCCACGCCAGCCACUCGAGCGCCGUGAGCAACAAGAUCCACUACGUCCAGGAUGAUCUGACGGAAAACGAGCUGAAUUCCGGCGAGGAGGAGGUGAGCCCCAAGAUCUCCACGCCCAAAGUCAAGGAACUUCCCGUGGAGACGACGACGACCACCAAGAGCCCCGAAAAGAAGCCGACGCCCCUGGCCACCCAGAAGUCCCUCACCGAGGAGGCCCUCAAGGAUCUAAUGGAGGCGGCCAAGCACAGCCAGGCCCUCGCCGAUGAUCCCCACUUCAACAAGAUGUUCAACUCGACGGUCGCCGCCGACGACAAGAACUCCACCGAAAGUGACGACAGCAGCGAGUACUACGCCUACGACGACGACUACAACUAUUUCGACGAGGACUCGGAGACGACCACCUCGGGUCCCAAGAAGGCCAAGAGCAAUCCCAAGCUGCAGCCCAUCGUGGACGCCAUCCGGGACACCAAGGCCAAGAACUCCGACAAAAAGACCAAAGAAAGUACUAAUGACAUCGACAGCGACUCUCAAUACGAUUACGAUGAGGACGAGGAUGUAGAUGAUGAUGAGGACGAUGCCUCCGAAGAUCUGCUGACCGAUGAUGAGCAGGUGGUCUUCAGCGAGGACGUUCCCUGCCCGCGAUUCUGCCAGUGUGCCCGUAAUGUCAACAGCUAUCUGGUGGCCACCUGCAGCAGACUCGACACCGGCAUCCAGAAGUUCGGCUCGGACAUCACCGACUUGGUGGUGACCAAUGUGGGUCCCAAGUACCCCAUCCUGAUGGGCCCCAAGUUCUUCCUGAAUCUGGGCCUCAAGAACGUGGCCUCGAUCAAGAUCGCCAACUGCACCUUGGAGUACCUGCACCAAGACGCCUUCCACGGCCUGAACGAGCUGUAUGCUCUUAACCUGACCGACGUGGGUCUGGCCAUCAUCAAUCCGGAUACCUUCCUGGGCAACAAGAAGCUGCGCAUGCUGACCAUUUCGGGCAAUGACCUGAGCGUGAUGUCCAGCCUUCACUAUCUGCUGAACUCUUCCAGCAUUGAGGAGCUGGACUUCUCGCGCAACAACCUCAUGGAGCUGAGUCCCAAGGCCUUCUCCCAGCUGACCAAUGUGGUCUACAUCAACCUCAGCCAGAAUAGUUUGAAGAAACUGCCUGAGAAGGCGUUCGAGAAGGUCACUCUGCUGGAGGAACUGGACCUUUCCUACAACUCCCUGACUGAGCUGCCUCGCGAUAUCUUCAACGGCACCACCCUGUCCAUCCUGCACCUCAAGUACAACACCUUCAAUGGCGACCUGCACUUCGGCACCAAGGAUCUGCAGCAGCUGGACCUGAGCUUCAACUCGAUCGUCCAGGUGCACCACAGCAUGUUCGACAAGAUGCCCGGCCUGACCAACCUGAACCUGAAGGGCAACGGCAUCCGGAAGAUCCAGCCCGACUCGUUCCUCACGCUGAAGAGCCUGCGCCACAUCGAUCUGUCCAUCAACGAACUGGACCAGAUCUCGGGAAUGCUGUUCUUCAAGAACUCGGAACUGGACGUGAUCCGCUUGAACGACAAUCCCCGCCUGAGCCAACUGCCCACCGAUGGGUUCCUGAGCUACAGUGGUGAGUUCACCGUCUACUACCUGGACAUUUCCAACUGUGCCAUCGGUCCGCUGGGCCACAAGGCCUUCUCCACCAUGCCGCACCUGACCACCCUGAAGUUGGCCUGGAACAACAUUAACCACCUGCCGCGUGAGGUCUUCACCAGGCUGCACAAGCUGAUCGACUUGGAUCUGAGCAACAAUCUGAUUCCGCGCAUGGACGACCUGAUCUUCAUGGACAACGGCGAGCUCACCAAGCUGAGUCUGGCCGGAAAUCCCAUUAGCCGCCUGUCGGUCCGCCUCUUCCUUCCGCUGCACCAGCUUCGCUCCCUGGAUGUCAAUGACUGCGAGCUCACUUCCCUGCUCUCCGAUCGCGAGAUGGGCAAGGGCUACAAGAUCUUCGACAGCCUGCGCAGCUUCAACGCCUCGGGUAAUCUGAUCAAGAAGAUCUCGGCGGAGGAUGUGAAGAGCUUCAAGAACCUGCGCUCCCUGGACAUCACCAACAAUCCGCUGAAGUGCACCCGCGACUUCCAGGACUUCAUCAGCUACGUCACCCUGCAGAUGCAGAUGACGCCGAGGCGUCUGCCUGUCCUGGCCAAUCUGGAGGACGAUGCCACCAUUGUGGAGCUGGAGACCCAGGCGCAGGCCGGAUGGGCGUCCUUGGCCCACGAGGUGUGCAAGCAUGCCGAGGGCUCUGAACUGCUGGACGAGAAGAAGGCCGACAGCGCCGAGGAGAAGCUGGAGAAGCGGCUGAAGGAGAGCGAGAAGAAGCUGGACGAGGACGAGGCCAAGCUGCUGAGUGUCCUGGACAAGAGUGUGCUGGACAAGAGCCGGCUGAAGGGCAUGCAGGAGAUCAUGAAGGGCUCGGUCACCGCUGAGACGGUGAAGCCCGAGGACGAUAGUUCCGAGGAGAAUCUAAACAAUGGUGGCGAGGACAAGGAUGAGGACAGCAGCGACUAUGACAGCGACGAGGACGACGACGAUGAUGAGGACGAUGAUGAUGAUGAUGACGAUCGCUUCGAGGAGGCCAAGAAGGCCGAGAAGAAGGCCGACAAGGCCUUUGACAAAUUUGUGAACAAGGAACUGAAGCCAGUGCUGAAGGACGAAGGUGUCCAGGCGGAGGAGGUGGACAUGUCCCAGGAGACACGGGAUCGCUUCCUGCUGGACAAACUGGGCUUCGACAGCGAAAGCGAGGAGUCCGAUGAAUACACCGAGAAGAUGAUCUUCCACGGCCAGCUGUCCUACGACCUGGUGGUCCCACUGAUCAUCGUGUCCUUCUGCCUCCUGAUGAUCGUGCUCUCCAUCGCCCGCGUGAUCUACGUGGUGCUGCGCAAGCGCGGCGAACGCUACCGCAUGGCCCUGCUGGCCUCGAAGAACUCGUUCGUGUACCAGAAGCUGAGCGAGGACAUCGUCAAGCCCACCAGCGCCAAGGAUCAGAAACAGCCCAAGCACCUGAAGCAGCCCAAGGUGCACCGAUAUGCGCCCAUCAACCAGGUCUAAGGUCUAAGUCCACCUAGAAUCAGCAGUUCCGGGUCGAACGAGUUGCGCUGUUUUUCUAAUUUAUAAGUUUAUUGAUAGUUGAAAAAGUGGAAAAUCACAUCAGACAAUUGACUACACGCAAGCACAAGAAUGAAAUGAAACAGGAGCAGGAGGAGCAGUUAAAAGUAUUAGCGAAAGUGCGAGGAAACAAAGCAACAACUGAGAAAUACUUGAAUCCAAAUAAGAGGGAGAAGAAUACUAGGAAACCAAUCCUUUGUCCAUGAAAUAGCCUAUACCGCCUAGAAAGUAGAGGUGGGUUUUUGAGUAUGCGUUUGAUUAGCAACCGUUUCGAAAGCAACGGACUUGCAACCUAUCGAACCACUGCCCCCAACCCAAUCCAAUCUAUCCAUAUCCACAUCCAUAUAUACUUAUGAGAAUUUCGGGAACAACUUGAAGAUUUAGUGCCAUUUUGCCAAAAUUCAAACCGAGCGUAAAUUACUUAAAAACAUUAGGGUUUCUAAACUGAGUGCCACGUCGGGACUGAGAAACGAGGCGAGA